CGCAUUGCAGACAGUCCCUUUUUAGCAAACAGUGUGCAGAGCUGCCUCAUGCUAGACUAAGGGCAGCACGAGACCUCGAUUAGAAGCAUCUGGAACAGUUCUCAUUAGGAUUACGAGUUGCUUUGUUGUUUCUAUAAGUUCCUUUCCCGAAGCUCUCACUGUCAAUGUGACAAGAACGUAACAAGGUGGAAGGUAUUGUUAUCUGAAAACGAGUGUCGAACUCGCACAGUUUUACUAAAUAGAUAAGGUGGAGUAUUCAUUGGAGGAGUUGGAAGGAUUUGAGAAGCCUUCAUUGACGUCGAAGUGUGCAAGGGUUAGGAUCACGUUGUGGUGGUUGAAUAGGUUUUGUUGGGACACAUUUGUGGAAAGAGAAUGGCAGUCUCACUGUUAUCGACGCCAUGGGGGGGAUUCGGAGCGUUAGGUUGCGACAUUACCCCGCGCACUAAGAUGUGGAAUGAGCUGGAAUAUUUGCAAGGAUUCUUGCUUGAUGAGAACGAAGAGGAGUUGGAGUUCUCGGAUUUGAUUCCGGAAAGCGACAACUUUGUGGCUCCUGAAAGUCUCUUCACUCCGCAACCCUUCGACGACGGUUUGCCGGAUAUGCAAGCCAUCAACGCUCAAGGGAGUUACUUGGAGUCAUCAAGCCAACAAAGUGACUCAACCGGCACCUUGGAAGUGAGUAGCGAAGAUUGCAGUACCGGAAGCAGGUUAUUGCAAAGCCGUAAACCCAGCCGGCUGACAUUAAUCUCAUUGAACUUGAAGAAGAGACUGGGGGGCAACUUCGUGGAGGAGAUUCGUCAGAUAGUUGGAGCGCUUGUGGAUGAUUACAUUACCGCUGAGCCGGAGGAUGCAAUGAGCGCAAAUCGAGAUUUAUGCGGAAACUGGGUGACACUGGCGCCUCUCGUUGCACCUGAUUCAAAAUUGCAACCAGCACAUAGUGCCAUGAUCGAAGUUGCUGACAAGGUGGAGCCGCUUGCUCAGCCCAAGUUAAACGCGACGGCUGAUAAGAAGCUUGCAAAGCAACCUAAAACAUUGCAACCACAUUACAGAGGCGUGAGGCAACGCCCAUGGGGGAAAUUCGCUGCAGAGAUUCGAGAUUCCUCGAAGAACGGCUCAAGGAUAUGGCUGGGGACUUUCGAUACAGCGGAGCUUGCGGCAUUGGCAUAUGACCGAGCAGCGCUCCAGAUGCGUGGCUCCAAGGCGCUCUUGAAUUUCCCCCUCAAGGCAACCACUGCUUUGUCCAACCCCGAGUCUUUCCCUCCUGCUCCGGAGCCUUCCUCCACCAGCCGCAAUGCAUCCAGAAUAACUCAACCAACCAGCGAAAGCAUCUCACAAAUGCCCUGCAAGAAACUGACUGGAUCCAACAAGCGAUUCUGCUCCAGCGUGCGUCUUGAAACAGCAAAGAGAUUGCGAGCUGAGGCGUGAUCAUGUGCGAAGGAUGGAUCGAAAACCCAUGGUGAGCAGCUGCAUGCAUCAAGAGAAGUUCUUUGUUUCCUCUUGGGAUAUCACGUGUGAUACAAAACAAAGGAGGUUUUUGAACAUUGUAAAGUAAAUUAGCAACAGCCUGAUUUUUCCUGCGGCUGCCAGAUUGUCGAUUCGACUUCGCGAUCCAGAUAUGAGGCAAUUAGGUUGUCCGGGCUGCAUCCCCUAUGAUUAGUUUGCUCCCAAAGUGCUCUUUUCAUUUAGAUGGAUUUUGUGUACAAUAGUUCGAUCGACCGUCAGUCCGGAUGUACAUUUGCACUAAGGUGCCAGUAAAAUACAAGCAAUUUGUGCACCAUUUGCGCAAUUCUUUUUUAGUA